AUGCGGCAAAACGCAAUGAAGCGGUGGGAGGAGCAACAGCGGCUGAAGAUGAUGAGCAAGAAGAUAGCAGGAGCCAAGUCCGUCCUCAAGUCAGAGAAGUUGACAGGAUGUGGCGGGAAGGUCGGGAAAGGACCAGGGUCAGCUGGAGUCGCAGGGGCGGGCGCAGGGGGGAUGUCGGAUCAUGCCAGCUUCUACAUGGAGGAAUCUGAUGCUCAAAGCAUUGCGAGUAACAAGAAGAAUGCGAGGAAGAAGAGGCCUGAAUGGAAAGACUUGAAUCACAUCGACUAUUCGACGUCAAACAGGAAGAUGAGAGCGCCUCCAUCAAGCGGCCAUACGCCGGAGAGGGCGCGGAGUGCUUUGAUUCAGGGACUGGCGCAGAUUGAGGACGCGGUGAAGAGAGCGAGCGGAUCUCCGAACACACAGCUGAGAAACAUUGCAAACAACUUCGAGCAACUAGAGGAGAUCAAAACGAAGUUGCUCUCGUAUGGUGAUUGCAGCAGAGGGAAAUCGAAAUCCUCGAAAAUUCACGAAGGCAUCAAGGACGAGAUCGAGAACAUUGCAGUGAACAACAUCAGGGCUUCGAUUGAUGCCCUCAACAACUUGUUGGACUCUCACCUGGGUGUCCUGCAAGAGUUCUCCAAGGAGGAGGACGCAAAGACCGCAGAAGUGACCCAAGACAGAAACUACGUGAUGGACGACAGCGCCGACAUCUGCCGUCACUGUGACGAUGUUGAUGCAUGUUUCCUCCCAUGUUCUUCCCUUGCAUUUCUACUCCCGUUCUCACGCUGGACGCCGUUGAUAUCACAGAGAAAUUUCUUGACGAAGGAAACUACUCAAUCGAAGAUCCAACUCUUUGAUGACUUAGUCUCAAGAGCUUCAGCCACUCAAGGACCACGUCAGUCGCCUCCUCCUCUGCCUCCUCAGCAGCCCGAGAAGAAAGUCUCUGCCAUCACCUCAAAGCCGUUCAGCUUCAAGCUAGGAGGAGCAGGAGGAGCAGGAGGAUUCUUAGCUGGUGGCAGAGCAAGAGGGGAUGAGGAGAGCAAGCCGCUGCUGUCCCUGCUGAGCUCAGGGCCCACCCUCCUCAACUCAGACGCUUCUACAAGGCUGAAUGUCCUGCUGAGAGGAAGUGAGAAGACCACAGGAGGAGAUGUAGGAAGAGGAGGAGGGGGAGCAGACGGUCCGGGGAGCGGAGGAGGAGGAGGAGGAGGAGGAGGAGGAUCCAGCCAGCCUCACAGACAAGGUCAGCCGGCAGCGAGGCAGCAAGAGGACGAUGGGGAGGCAGCGUCGGGACCAGCUGAAGAACCGGCGAGGAGGAGAGGUGAGGAGACUCCUGGUGCGGUUGAGGAGCCGUCGAGUGCGAGAGGAGGAGGCGAAGGAGGAAGGAGGAGGGGCGUCGAGGGUGGAGGAGGGGAAGAAGGACGAAGAGGAUCGGAGCAGGAGGCGCAGGAAGAGGCGCAGAGGAUGCCUGCUCGUCGACCUCGAGGAGCGAUGGGGAUGCUCGACCAGGCGGAGGAGUCUUCAAAGAUGAGAGGAGGAAGAAGUCUUCUGCUGAACCUUCGCGAGCCUCCUCCUGCCCAACCUCUGCCUGAGGGAUUGUCACAAGAACCCGAUAGACAGAAGCAAGCCCAACCCAGUGCUGAGGUCGAUCAGCCCGAGACUUCUGCUCGAGGUCAGAGCGCAGGAGGGAAGCGAAGGAUCAAUGCAGCUGAGAUUCGCAAGGCCAUGUUGGCUGCUCGAGGGAUGGAGCAGACGCAGGGGGGUGCGGAGGAUGCGGAGGAGCGCGUGCAGACGGCAGGAGGAUCAGGAGGAGGGAGGAGGGACGAGUGA